CAAAAAUUAUCAAAAAUCAUCAAAUGUCUACAGAAAUACGAAAGCGCCGGCGAGAAAACGAGGUGAAAAAAUGGACGGAAGCCGAAAUCAGAACAGUGCUGUGCUAUAUGGAGGAACACCGAAACAUCGAGGCGAAUUUUUGACACAUUACUUAUUUAUUUUAAUAUAAUUACAUCUCCUUUAAUUUCAGAAACCAAAAGCGAAAACCUAUUAUAGUAAGUUGCUUGCAGAAACAAAAAUUGAAGCGACAUUCAACAUUUUAAAAUGCAAGGUUCGGUAUCUAAAAAACCAAAUGAAAUCGGCAGAACACUGGCUAAAUUCCACGGGCUCUGGAGUAGAGGAUGGCGAUGUAGAGCUGACUGUUAUGGAUAAAGUGCUUAACAGUUGUCCGCAUUACAAACAUUUAGCGGACAUUUUUGCUACGGAGAGGGAAGCUGAGGUGGUGGUAAUGAGCUCCUCUGCAAUGGAACUCGACCCUGUGGAAAAUGUUGUGGAUAAUUUAGAAGACCCCGAAGCGGAGGAAGAACGCGACAUUUCUGAGUUGGCAUCUGGCUCACCUGCGGCCAGGUUUUUACAAAAAAAAUUAAGGCCAAACAACAAAACACUGCCAGGGAUAAACUGGCUACGUUAGAAGCUGAACGAAUGAGCUU